GCAGAGCUGCAGAAGCCACCGUCCUGCUGGGCCGUGCUGUCCCAGGACAGGGUCACCAUCGUCCUGCUGGCGGUGGGGCAGGACCUCUACCUCCUGGACAACACCUCCUGCUCCGUGGUGACCCCCCCUGGGAUGAGCCCCUCAGCUGGUGCCUACCUGCAGAUGGCCGUGUCCUUCACCCACCGCUGCCUGGCCCUCUUCACUGACUCUGGAUACAUCUGGAUGGGUCUGGCCACGCUGAAGGAGAAGCUCUGUGAGUUCACCACCAGCAUCCGCUCUCCCCCCAAGCAGAUGGUUUGGUGCACGCGCCCCCGCAGCCGGCAGCGCGCCGUGGUGCUGGCCUGGGACAGGCAGCUGAUGGUGGUGGGGAACUCCUCUGAGUGCAUCCAGUUUGUCCUGGAGGAGGAUUCCUACCUGGUGCCAGAGCUGGACGGGGUCCGGAUCUUGUCCCGCACCUCCCAUGAGUUCCUGCACGAGAUCCCAGAGGCCAGCCAGGAGAUCUUCAGGAUUGCCUCCAUGGCCCCGGGGGCCCUCCUGCUGGAGGCACAGAAGGAGUACGAGAAGGAGAGCCAGAAGGCAGACGAGUACCUGCGGGAGAUCAAGGAGCAGCAGCUGCUGCCAGAGGCCGUGGGCCAGUGCAUCGAGGCGGCCGGCUACGAGCACGAGCCCGACACCCAGAAAUCCCUGCUGAGGGCAGCUUCCUUCGGGAAGUGCUUCAUCGACAAGUUCCCCCCUGAGGGCUUCGUGCGGAUGUGCCAGGACCUGCGGGUGCUCAACGCCAUCCGGGACUACCAGAUCGGCAUCCCCCUCACCUUCACCCAAUACAAGAGACUCACCAUCGAGGUCCUGCUGGACAGGCCGCGGCAGACCCAGCCGGUGGCCCUGAGCCUGUACCGGCAGUUCUGCAAGCACCAGGAGCGGGAGACCCUGAAGGACCUGUACAACCAGGACGACAACCACCAGGAGCUCGGCAACUUCCACGUCCACUCCAGCUACUCGGAGAAGCGCAUCGAGGGCCGGGUG